AUGGAGACGAUUUCGGAUGAAGCUUUUCUCAAAGAAGUCGAGUGUUUCCUCGACUCGUGCGGUUCGCCUCUUGAUUCUGUCAUGGAUACAACAACCGAAUGUAGCACCAACGACUCAUCACCGGAUCUUCGGCUCGCACCUCCUCCCCAAAGCAACCAUACCUCUACAAAGAGGACAGCAGGUAUACUGUCGGUGCGCGAUAUUGAUAGAGCAAAGGAUCGUAAACGUCGGAAACAAUAUCGUGAACGUCGACGCUUAGAGCGGGAGAUGUUGGAGCGCCAGGUGAAAGACUUAUCCCACAAGUAUUGGAGAAUCCAACAAACAAGACAAGCCAAUUACUCCUUGUCAGCCACUGCUUGGAGGACAAUAGCGGAGCAGCAGCUGGAAGCACUGCAAAUAGCUGAACUAGAACAACAGCGCUUGAAACUCGCAGUGGAGUCUCGUUCUCGGUUGAUUCAGGAGAUGCACCAGCGACUGGGCACUGAAGAAACCCUGUCGAAAGUGUUGAACUUCGAUAGACAUAGGCGCGUUCAAAUUGGAACCUCAGACGUCGAUAUCCUCGAGACGUAUCUCCGCGAAAUCGAUACAGUGUAUGCACAGACUGAUCACGCUUUUCAAACUCUUCGGAACGAUUCGAAAUCUCUUUCAAAGUGGGUAUUCGACGCUGCAACAGGGUUCUCUACGUUUGCAGACAGACGUGACAUCGCAUUCGAUUUCAAGCUCGCUAGUCAAGUUUUAUGGCAACUGGCGCACACACUUGCUCGCAAAGAAUACUACAUGCUCUACGAACAUCAAGAUGGUGUCAGCAAUACUAUCGCGUUCAAGCUGCGCAUCACUAGACGUUUGGACUGUGGUCGAUCAGUGUCGAUGGUUCAGAGCAUGGUUGGUCGUCGCUACAGUGAGGAGGAUCGUUUGGUGGUGGUCUGGAAAUCAUUCACCGAAGGGGAGGGACUGUUUUGCGGCAUGCACUCAGACGAAACGGGCUGGUCUAUUGCUCAGCCUUCCGGGAUUCUGGAUGGGGUCGGUACUUCAUUAGCUAUUUGUAUGCGGCACAAGCCAAUGCAUUUCAGCAACACAGACAACGAGCUAGGCAAAGAGCAGUUCUCUCGGUUGUUGCAUACGAUGGGAUCGGAGGAUUUUGUCGAAAUCACGAGUUCUCUGGAGAACCAUCUCGCCAAUCAAGUGGUGUGUUAG